ACAGCGUAUGCGCUCAUACAAGUUUGGCCUUCCUGAGUUGCCUUAGAAGUGUCAAUACCUCUCGCUGUCCAGACAUCCGGGAUAUUUUCAACAUUUAGCGGCGGUAAAUUUCUUGCUGUCUAUGCAUCGGUCGGGUCUUGCAGGUCUCUCAGGCCUGUGUGAAGUCACUGAUCAUCUUUAUCUGAGUAACGCCAGCGCGGCCAGUGAUUCCGCUCAGGUGAUUCGCCAUGACAUAACCUGCGUCAUCAACGUUACCGAGACCAGGAGCCGCUGCCCUGCUCCUCCUCCCGGUGUGGAGUACAUCCACAUCCCGGUAGCAGACUCCCCGGUGACUCCUCUCGGAGAUCACUUCGACGAGGUGGCAGAUAAAAUAAAGCUCGUUGCAGAGCGCGGAGGCCGCACUUUGGUGCACUGCAACGCCGGUGUGAGCCGCUCCGCCGCACUGUGCAUGGCCUAUCUGAUGAAGCACCGCGGUGUGACUCUCCUGGAGGCCCACAGGGGGGUGAGGACCUGUCGACCCAUAGUGAGGCCGAAUAAUGGCUUCUGGAAGCAGCUUAUCCGGUAUGAGAUGGAGCUUCGAGGAUGCAACUCUGUCCGAAUGACCACCUCCUCCAUUGGAGAGAUACCAGACAUUUAUGAAGAGCAGGCCAGGAAUAUGAUGCCAGUGUGAGGACCUUAUCUUACUGCACUACUUGAUGUGUGGGGGAGUGGGACAUUGUUUCACAGUGGUGAUAUGUACAGUGGCAUAACCAUAAAAUGAUGUUUAUUCAUUGAAAGAAAACAGUGUUUUCCCUCCUGACUUAUUAGAUAGAUAGAUAGAUAGAUAGAUAGAUAGAUGCUUUACUUAUCCCCUAGGGUAAAUUCAUGUAUUAUGGGCAGAGUUGGAAUUUAAAACACAUUUACUCAAGCACUGUACUGUACUUUAUACUAUUAAGUAAAUUUCAGAGGAAAAUGUUGUACUUUUUACUUGACUACAUUCAUUUGACAACAUAAUUAGUUGGGACCCCUUGUUAAGUUUGAGAUGGCUAAGUUAACUGUUACAUCAAAGAGGGAUUUCAUUUCCAACUUAGGUGGUUUCAUUAAAUCACCGUUUGAUGCUUAAAGAGAAAAUUAUUAUAAUAUUUGACAAAAAAGAUUCCUCAUUAAUCAUCUCACCGACCAUUAGAUUUAUCUUGUGACCCUU